GACUUUUCAGGAAAGUUGCGUUCCGCGAACAAGGCAGCGAUCAUGGGUGUUGUUCUUCACUACAGUAUUUUCUUUAUGCUGUACAUGUAUUCUUUAAGAAUUUGCUUCGGCUGUUUGGAUGGUAAGUUCUUCUCUUCCCGGCUUGUUGUUUCAAUCAUAGUUAUCGCUAUUUUCAAAAACUGGACGACAAAAUAGUGAGAAAUACAUUUAUCUCUUGAAAGAAGAUAAAAAAAAAAUUAUAAUUGGCUAGACGGACUUUAAACUGAAUUGGAAUCAAGAGUAGCUGCAAAAUUUCUGCUCUAAUAUACUGCCCAUAAAUAUGACUUUUCUACGGCUUAAGGUUAAUUACAGUUAACAGACAUAUGCAAAAAAGUCACUUCACAUGCAAAAAGUUCCGCAAAAUUGAUUUUCGUGGUUGCAAAAUUGUGUAAGGCUCGUAGGACUCCAAGGACUGUACCUUUCCCGGAUAUAAAGAACCAUGUCUAUUAGCAACGAGGAGAAAAGACGCAAAAAGUUCUAAACAAGCGUUUUCGAAACGCUCUAAAUGAUAAAUUUUGGUUGGAGACCGGCUUUUUUCACUGUUAACCUCUUUUACAUUUACUAGCGAUUAACCACAUCUUUGUGGGAUCUGUUUGUUUAUUUAGCCUGUUACGUCUGCUCGCCGGCAAAAUGAUUGCUCUUCAAGAAUCUAGCUGUAGAAAAGAAAACAGAAUCUGGCUAUUAUUAGCGAGAAAAAAAAUAAUAAAAAAGGCUGCUAACAAUGUCAGCGUGUGCGAGGAUCUUUUAGUCCCUUUUUAUUUCUUUUCGUUUCUUAUCAGUUGAACUUUUCACUUCCCCUCUGCAGCUCAUGAUUCCUUAGUAUCUGUUCUUAAUUAUCUUUGUUUUUACUUUGGACCCCUACCAUAUUAACACUAUACAUUAAUACGACCCUGUUCCCCUCUUUUAAGUUUAACGAAUCUUUUACUGGCUCGAAAAUGUCCUGUCAUUUCCUUAUUCGAAAACCUCGUUCAAUAUGACCACCUUUAUAAGUAUCCCCAGGCGUUACCUUCUUUAUAUUUGUACCUCGUUAAUACGAACAACAGGGAAGUCAGACGUAAUCAAUUUGACAAUCUGCAUCAAUUUUAUCUUACUGAAAGUUGUUACAAUAACAUAAUUGAGCGUCCGAGUCAUAUGUGUAAAAUCCGGCACGGCAGAUUAAUAGACUGGUGAAAUUCUACUUUGCUGCAUAUAUUUUAGAAAGGCUUAGUAUAAUAUGGGUUGUACCACGUUCUCGGAUCAUGGACAAGCCCAAGCCCAAAGCCCAACGGUCAUCGUAUUAACGGGAAUUUUAUUCUACUCAACUGUCCUUGUUUCCUUUGUGGUCAAUUUAAUAUGUUUAAGACGUUCACUGAAUGCCUUUUUUCAGAAUAAAUAUCAAACGUUCCUCAUGGACGAAAAACCAGCGAAAUACAAAGCUAACAGUUAUUUAUUUUUGUCCUCUUUGGGCGUAAGUCAGUGUUAAUUGUAUCAUAGAAGUUGUCCUUUGAAUUCUGGAAUUCUUUCGAUAUCAUGCCAUCUAUUUCAACCCACGUUUUAUUCUAUUUAAUGCAAGAAUUUGCUUAUUCAUUCAAUCAUGCAGCUGCUAACAGACUGACUGAAUGACAUGGCAACCUUAAUAAAUGCUGAAUAAGAGGAAAUAAGGGUAAACACAUCCCGCUGCACGUAAUUAACAAGGAGAAAAUUGCUAAAAAAAAAAAGACUUCUGUUUGAAUCUGUAUAAAGAUUCAGUUGAAAAAAAAAAACAACAACAACAACAGCAACAACAAAAGAAUUCUGUUUGCAUAUCAACGGGAAAACAUUUCCUGAGCAAACACCGGACGAUCACAAUGUUGGCUCUUUUCAUAAAAUCGAAACUUUCCAUGGAUUUGUUAUUGUCCUUAAGGCAGAGCAGAACCUGAAACGGUUUUUCCCAUUUUAUGCGCCGGAUUUAUUUUAACUGUCUUCUAUUCCAAUGCCGGAAUGUUGCUAUUUUGUUCAAUUAUAAAUUGCCAGCGGACUCAACGAACAACAUGGAAACCUAUUUAAAAGUUAAAUAACAGGAGACAAAUGUGAGAAAUUUUUAAGAAAUAUAAAAUUGAGUUUCUAUGUUGUCACUGCGGUUUAACCCUUAGAUUAUAAACUCGUUAACAAGGAGAAAGUUGCUAAGAAACAAAGAAUUUUGUUAUUUGCGUGACUAGGGAAAAAUAUUUUCACAAUAAACACGACAGUUUACCACUAUUCAAGACAGGUGGGAAUACCAUCUUCCAGUUUUCCUGUUUUCAGCCUUUUCAUUUGGCUUUUGCAAAUUUUAAAACGAAUUGUCGUAUAUUUUCCUUAAAAAGGGGGUUUUCUUUUAGAGCUCGACCAAUUGACAGAAAAUGGGCCUAGAGAGCUAACAACUUAUAUCCAUCUCCUUGUCGACAUUAUUUCAUAUACUUUGCUAUUUUAAGCCAGUUUGAAGAAUAAAACUACUCUCCCAGGAAGAUCGUCAGCGAUUCCAAAAAACCCAGCAAGUUUAAUUAAUAUACAUAGCAGUUUCAUCAAAUUUCAGAUUAAACAUGGCUGAAAGAGCAGGACUAUAACCUAAAAUAUAAGUUAUUACGUUCCAUGAACUUCAAUCUUAUCUACAAAGGACAGUUUCUUUAUAUUAAUCGAAGCUCUUUUUGCCGCCAAAACAGGUCAGAAUUUCUAAACGUAUUUUUUUUCCUUUUUUAAAUUCAGGUAACUGCCGCGUACUGGCGUUUCCGAGCUAUUUCCUAAUUGCUGACAAAUGUUUAGAUAGCCACACGAUCUUAAUUGUCCAACAUGUCCCGGAUAUGGGUCUCUGUGAACUGCUUUGUUACAACGAACCAAACUGCGUCAGCGUUAAUUAUGAAAUACAAACACAGAAACGGUGUGAACUGAAUAAUUCAACACACCGAGCGCACGAUGAAGACUUUUUAGGGAGGAGAGGCUGCUUAUAUCAUGGAGCAAUUGUGAGUUUUUUGUCUUGUCUUUUCGUUGUCUUUUUUUCUUUCAUGAUCUGCUUUCAUCAUCUUCAAGGCGAUCAUUAUCUCACCAUAGUCAUCAUCAUCACAAGAGACGUCAUCUUCGUCAUUAGGGAGCUUAAGCAACUACGUCGACGAUGGCGGUGGAGUGAACUUUUCUUAAAAAGUUAACUCGAACUGUUUCAAAAUUCGUCGCUCUUUUUCCAUGCCGCGUUUUGUCAAAUGUUGGUGAAUUUUUCGGGUGUUAAAUUCUAAAGGACUGUAUCUAAGUUGAAAAAAAAUAGAACCAUUUGUCCAGAAACGUGAAAUUAGGUAGGUCAUGAAACGACACCAACGAAAUGUAAGAUAAAGCGUUAUCCACAUGCAAAUAUAUUUUUUUAAAAUUUGGUAAACUAAACCUAUUUGCUUUUUCGACGUUUUCGUUGUCUUCGACGUCGUCGUCGUUAAGCUCCCUAUUAUCAACAUCAUCUUUGUAAUAAUUAUCAUUGUCAUCAUCGUCAUAGUCAUCCCGUAGUGAAGGUUUAAUUGGCGUAACUUCUGUUACAAAUCAGACAUGAUUUUUGUUCUUUAAAGAGUGCUUGUGAUAAUCCCCGUUGCCAUAACAACGGUACCUGUCAGUCUGGAUUCACAGAGAAAAAGUAUCGGUGUUUGUGUCCUUCUGGUUUCACUGGUGAACACUGUGAGAAUGGUAAGUUAUUCUUGAAAGUUUCUUUUAAAGCAACUAAUUAAAUCAAAGGAUUUUAAAUCGUGAUAAAGAUGAUUUGAGCCGUCCAUGUCAUUUCUCACGGCAGUGUAUGAAACGAGCGGUUAUUUUAAGGUUUUGUUAUCCUGUGAGUUUAAAUUAGCCUUCUUUAAAUGUCGCAGACUUUCAAAUACUAUUUUCCACGAAAUUUUUGCAUUAUAUUGUCGUAAUCUUGUGUGUGUUUCUUGGUUAUUUGAGUUGCGUGUUAGGGCUUCUUGUUAAGUAGUAGCAGUUGGUAAAAGAAAGCUAAUCUUCAAUAGCAUCUCAACUGUAAAAGAAGAAAACCUGAUAUGGCCUGAGCCUGAGUAAUACCUCUAUGCUCUUUGCUAGGAAGUUCAUUUUACUGAGCUCGCGUGGGGGCGGGAAGACUUCAAUGAAAAAUGCUCGUCUGAAAUUAGUAUUAAAACCCCUACUGGACACUAAUAAGGGCGUGGCCUUUUGCUCUUAGCUGUAAUUGACCCCUUAAGAAUACCAUGGAUCAUGAAAGUCACGGCAUUUGUUUUUUUUAUAUAUGGGUAUUUCUUGAGGAAAAAACCAAAACUCAUCCUCUUUAGCCCUCAGCGAUACCUUAAUGGGUAAAACAUUGAAUUUCCACCCUGCAUACCCUACGUGUGACCACUCGAGCUUCCAGGUCGAAUGCGAGCCGAUGAAAUCGGGUUGUACAUAUUUUUGGAUAACUUACCGUGAGCAGCUAGGGGAGAGUUGUAACCAAAUAAAACUUUGCGAGGGAAAAUAAGUGACAUACAGAGAUCAAGAAUGUCAAAUAUCGAAACUGUGGGUCCAACCAUUAUGUGCUCCUGCCAUAAUCUUUUGCUGAAUAUGCAAAAGUCUUAAUUUUCUCAUAACUGAUUAAGUUCAUAGGUGAAGGUGAAAAAAAAAACAACAACAACAACAAAACGCAAAUUAAACAAUAAGUCAAUGUCUUAACAGACAGAGGAAAAUCUAGCUUUUCUUUGGAUUCAACACCGAUUUUGUGACUUGCUACUUAUACUGUUACUACCUUCUAGUAACCUCUUCUCUUGAUUUCACUGUAGAUGUAAACGGUGGAAAGUCUAAAACACACAAAUGCGAAACACGUUGUUGCUAUUAUUGAUCAAUAUGAUUUCAGACAUCAAUGAGUGCAAAGAAGGAACCCACAAUUGCAGUUCUAAUGCGGUUUGCAAUAACACCAAAGGAUCCUACAACUGCACAUGUAAACCUGGGUUCUUGGGAGACGGAUGGAACUGUACAGGUGAUCAGUGAAUAUACAAAUACAUAAAUGAGGUUUUAGUUAAUAGGGGAAGCAUCUUGUCAAAGUUUUAUUAAUGAAACCGUAAGUAAAGUUGGAAGUAAACCUAGUUUGGAAAUGACGAAAUACCAUCUUCACCUUAUAUUUGCAAUUAUUGUUAAAAAAAAAAUUAAAAAAGUAAAAAAAAAUAGUAAACUUCAGGUCACGACUAUGGUAUCAUAGGAGACACAUUCAGACGGUUACUGAAUAUAAUAAAGGUUGUCCAAAAAUCGAUUGUGGGUCUAAAACAAACAAAUGCCACAGAAACGCAAAGUCAGGAAGAACAAAGGAUCUUAUAAUUGCAUUUGCAAGAAUGGAUGUUUUCCCGUCCAGGCUAAAUAAAUUUUAAUUUUUCACCGACUGAGUAUUCAGUUAUUUAAUGAAAAACGUAUUCCAGAUAUCGAUGAGUGUGUGGCAGAUGCCCACGAUUGCAGUUCUGAUGCAUUUUGUAAUAACACCCACGGAUCCUUCGAUUGCACGUGUACACCAGGAUAUACAGGAGAUGGACAAAAAUGCACAGGUAAUAUUUAUCAGUAGAAAUUCUGUUGUCUUAUGGCAGCAGAAACUUCAUUGCUUAUUAUAGCAAUACAACCGCAAGGUGGAUCCAAGGGAUUUUUGGCCGCCUGAAAUUUCUGAUAGUCGGGAGGCGUGUAAGAAUUUGUGUUGUUACAGGUUCAUGUAUUCAUCUUCCCUCUACUGCAACGUUUUGGAAUUUCCAUAGGACUAAUUUAAUAAACUUGUUUUGUGAUCGAUAAGUAUCACCCACUCCUUCUUACAUUGUACAUUGGAUCUGCCCCCCUGAGCGAACGCCCAGUGACGUGUAAGAGAAAUCAUAUUGACUUGGAACAUGACUUUAUAACCCAAGUCAAAUUUAGAAGGAUUUGAAUGCAGUUGACAAAACAUAAUAGUGUUAAUAUCUUGUUCUUAACUUUAAGAAAAUGCUGGUUAUUGUCAAAUAGCCCUUUUCAUCAGUUUUUUACUCUCAAUAAAACCCAUAAUUACACAAAUUUAGUUUGAUGACGUUAUUACUCUAGGAAUCGGUGAAGUUUGGCGAUAUUUGCAAUUUUUGAAGGGAAGAAAGGUGCAAAAUGUUCUUGGAAAAGAACUGCGGUAAUUAGAAAGUUAUCUGCUCAGAUGUCAAAAAAUAUCGAAGAAAAAUGACUGAGUAAACAUGUAAUCUCACCAGUGUAAGUGGGUGUAAGUAAACCGAUUCUGCAACACGUUUGUGUAUAUAAUAAAAAUAACUCUGAUGAAUGAUUACUGAUCAACAUUUACGCAGGUCAGCUAUGAAAUUAAGGUCUUAGUUAACACUUUCCUCUCUUUUAACAGACGUGGACGAGUGUACCACCAAUGAUGGUGGCUGCCAUCAGAUCUGUCACAAUACAAAAGGAAGUUAUGAGUGCCAGUGUCACAGUGGUUUUUUGCUUUCUAGUGACAAACACAAAUGCAACGGUGAG